AGAAUCGAGCGAGAGCGUGAGGUGUCUGCAUGUCAACAAGCGUCCGUGAAUGAGCCAGAGCUGAAGCUUUGUCUCCCGAGAUUUUUUCCCGUAAAAGCUUCCGUCAAAUCCAUUCUUUACACCGAAACAGGCGAAGCACCCGGAAAUGAGUCCACAGCGCUGAACUCAACAGUUUCGGAGGAUUUUCAUUUCAGUUCAACACAAAAGCCAUCCACGAGUGCGUGAAGAAACCAGAGAGAGUCUUUUAUUCUUCCUUAUUGCUCUUGCCAUGAGAAACAUGAGUAUUCGGAACGGCACAGCGGAUAAUGGAGUAUCAGAUCUAGGUGAGUGUCAUUGUGACGUCAUCAGUAUUUAUAUUAUAAAUGAGUACCUUUUGGAGAAGUCAACCAAAGAGAUGUCCUUGACAGCCGCUCCGACAACAACUCUCCCUGGUCCCCCACCUCCACCUGCGGACCAGGACAUACAGUCGUUGGACCCUCCAUCUAGGAGCAGGCGCAGCGGUCCAGUUUUGGUUCCCAGAGGAGCUGCACCACAGCACUCAUACAACUUUAACCAGGUCCCUACCACUCACACUGAUAGUAUGGCACCAAUGCAUGCUCUGCGAGGUCACAAAGGGGGAUCUCAGCGACGGGGACAGGGCUCUGCAGUGGCCCAGUGUCUUCCUCCUCAUCAGACUGGAACGGAACAUCUGGAGCGCUUCCUGGAAAAGCCAGAGAUAGUUGUGGUUGAGCAGCCAAAGGAGCGAGGCAUGCGGUUUCGCUAUGAGUGUGAGGGACGAUCAGCAGGCAGCAUCCUUGGAGCCUCCAGCACUGACAUCAACAAGACCUUGCCUGCCAUUGAAAUUCAAGGCCCCAUCGACAAUAUCAAGAAUGUGACAGUCACCGUGUCUCUUGUGACAAAGGACAUCCCUUACCGCCCUCACCCACACUGCUUGGUUGGAAAAGACUGUUCCGACGGCAUCUGUGUCAUCCACAUCAAUCCCCAUAGUAGUUGCCGGCACAGCUUUGCUAAUUUGGGCAUCCAGUGUGUUCGGAGGAAGGAACUUGAUGCCUCGCUGCAGAAGAGGAGGAAUAAAAAUAUUGAUCCUUUUAACACGGGCCACUCUAAGAGCAUUGAGGACAUGGACAUGAAUGUUGUGAGACUGUGUUUCCAGUGUGAGCUGGAAAGAAAAGACGGAGACAGGAUCCACCUCGCUCCUGUGGUUUCCAACCCCAUCUAUGACAAGAAGGCGACCACAACAGCAGAACUGAAAAUCAAUCGGCUUAAUGUCAUCAGAGGCCCCUGCACAGGAAAGACUGAAAUUUACAUGCUCUGUGACAAAGUGCAAAAAGAUGACAUUGACAUAAUCUUCAGCUUGGAGGACUGGGAGGCCAAGGCGGAGUUUGCUCAGACCGAUGUCCACAGACAGAUCGCCAUCGUCUUCAAGUCCCCACCCUUCAGGGAGCAGAACAUAUAUGAGGAGGUGGAGGUCAACGUGUGUCUACGCCGCUUGUCUGAUCGGAUGGACAGCGAGCCAGUCAAGUUCACCUACAUUCCAGACAAUGCAGAUCCCUAUGGAGUGAACCGCAAGAGGAAAAUAAAAUCAGACAUAAAAUUCAGCGAGACGUGCAGCGUCCCUCAAGGUCAAGACAUAACCGUGAACGAACCCAGCACAUCACAGCAAUUCGACCCAUUCUACACUCUUCCGGAGUGUAACAUUCCCUCCGCUCCCAUUGCAAUCCCUGCUCCAGACGGGGGCAUCCAAAUGCCGUCCCAGGGCAUGGAGGAAAUUCACUAUAAUGAGGACAGUUGUGUUAGUCUGGACCAAGAAGCUUUGGACAGCAUUCUACAUGGGCUCACUCAGUGUUUUGGUGUGAAAGGUCCAGACCAGCUUUUUACACAGUUCAUUUUUGGAUCCGAUUUCAACAUCACUUUAGACGGCACAGAGACAAAAUCAAAUCUAGCAGUCAACCAACCUAUGAUGAACAUGGCAUCUAUAAAUGAUGCACACUUCAGUCAGAUGGUGAGUGAGAAUCAGGUGUAUCCACCAGACUUGGAGAACAUUGAAGGCCUCUUAGGCCCAGUGAAGAGUGAGAAUGAGCUGGAUCUUUGAAUGACUGUAAAGACUCUAAAGUGUCUUGACUAUUAGGACUUUGAAAUAGUUGUGGACUAACUUUGUUGUAAGAUGCCAAACCAGUUUAUCUGGCACUGUUUGACUUCUGGUUUGGUAGUGUGUGAAUAUUAAUGAAGUAAAUUACCUGCACAGCCGAAAUGUGGAAGCUGAGGCUGAUACAGUAGCAGCUGAUGAAAGGCGGGACUUAAAGGGAUAGUGCACCCAAAAUGAAAAUUCUGUCAUGUACUCAACCUUAUAUUGUUCUAAACCAUAUGAGAUGCGAGUCUGAAUGUUAAGGCACCUGCAUAAUUCCUACGAAACUGAAGAACAAACAGGUGUGACGUCCUUUUUUUUGUUUAAUCUACAAAAGGAAUCCAAUCUACUCAAAUACACUUAAGUGCCCAUUCACUCAUGUGGCAUCUGCAGCAGAAAGCCAUUCACACAUCUGCCCAAAGUAAGAUAUGCCAUUUUUUCAUUCUUUUGUCUGUAUUUUACCCAUUAACACUCUUUUAUACACCCAUUUUUGCAGUAGUAUCGGUGUCAUCAUAAAUUACAAUAACAGAGUGUAAUCAGCUCUUAUUAUGUCCACGUAUAGCAUGUUAGUGCAUUAACGCUAUGAAUUCAGAAUGUAAACGAGACAAAUUACGCAUUAUCUACCGGAUAAGUAUUAUUUUUCAUCAUCGAGUGGGUAAAACAGCUUCUUUUACUGAUCUGAAUUCUACUCAUAGAAUGAUGCGUGAAGUCAUUGAUAAUAGGGCUGAAAUGUUUAGUCGACUUUAUCACUAAUGCAAAUAGUACAAAAUGCACUUAUAAUUAAGAUACAUUCUCUUAAAGCAAGUCUAAAUAUCUUAUGUUGCUUCUCAAGUAAAUGUAUGUUGUUUUAAGGAUUUUUAGACAAUUUUAAAUGGAAAACAAGACAAAAACACUUGAUAACAAUAGGAUUAUUUGCAGUGAAUUUUUUACUGAAUCAGACUUUAAUAAAAAGUAUUUUUUCCCCUUUAAUUCAGUGAAUGUCAUUUGGAGGUACUUUUAAAAGAUGAUUUUGUCCUUUUUAUUGUUAGUAAGCACGUUUAAUCCAACCUUUUAAAUUGGGGCACAAGCUGAAUAAUCGGUUAAGAGCUAAUGAUUAAUUGUUGCAAUAAUCGCCCGAAUAAUCGUUCUAAUAAUAGUUAGAUUAGUCGAUUAUCAAAGUAAUCAUUAGUUGCAGCCCUAAUUGAUAACACAAUUUAAUGUCAUAUUAGUUGAUGUUUUACAUUUAGUCUUGAGCAUCAUCAUAUUUAAAUGUAUCUCUAAAAUGCCUCCUACAGCGGUGUUGCCGGUGUCUGAAUGUUUGCAAACAGUAUGACGUUGCUCAGCUGUUUUUAACUUUUUGGCUCUGAAUGAAGAAGCACUUCUUCGUAAGUGCACUGGGACUUUUGGGCAAAGACAACCUUAGUCACCAUUUACUUGCAUUCUAAGUAAAAUAGUGCAGUGUCAACAUUCUUCUAAAUUUCUCCCAUGGUGUUCCAACAUAAGAGUAAAUAAGGACAGAAUUGUAAUUUUUGGAGUGAACUAUCCCUUUAAAUUAAAAAUCUGAUUUUCAGCUAUUUGGACCAUUGUAGUGUAACGGAGAGAAGCAUGUAGCCAUUGUGUUUUUAAGAAGUCAUUACAAAAAUAGCAACUGAUGCUGCUCAGCUGCUUUUAUUGUGCCAUUUAUGAAAUGUGUCUGUCAUUUGCUAAUUAAUUGUGUGGCUUUCAGAGCAAAACUCAGUAGUCCCAGCCCAGGUCCCAGACCUAAAGUCACUAACAUAUUUAAGUUUUGUAUGUAACAAGGUAAUUUUUCGGGCAGCAUUUCUGAACAGUUCAAGCGUAGAGGCAUUUCACUUAACAGCAUUAAGGGGACAUAAUUACACAUUUAGUAUCUUUCUGUAGCGUUAUGCUUGGUAGCCCCACCCACAGAGAACGCUCAUUGGUCCAAAAUCUGCUCCACAGAGAUGUGUACAAAUUCCCUUUCAAUCUCUGGCGUAUAUCGAACAUCAAUUCUGAUUGGCUGUGUUAUGCAGCAUUUCCAGUGUGGACAGACACAUUUCUUGAUGCUAAAAAUCCUGUCGCAUCACACCUGGUCAGGACACUUUGUGAAAUUAAGCAGGACACUGAAAAUGAUGCAUGUAGUCAGUGGUAAAUAGAUUUUAGUGCUUUUGUCAGUGCUGUAACUGUACAUUUUAAUAUACACAUUCAUGUUGAAGGAAGCCGGUGGCACAAUAGGAAUGUUAUCAUUGGAAAUGCAUUUUGUCCAUCUAUACAUAUAUAAUGUCUGUAAUAAGGCUGUGAUUCAUCUUGUGCCAUGUAAAAAAAAUGUCUAGCAUUGUUGCUUUCUGCUUAUAUUGUGUAUGUAACUGUUGCUGUCAAUAUUAAAAUCAUGUGUUUUGAAAAAUGAA